GUGCGUGAAGGUGAUCGAGCAGCGAAAGGAAACGUCCAAAAAGUGACGCGCAAAGAGUUUGUGUCGCACGGUGAGCGCUCAGGAUCGGACUGAAGGGGCAACAUCAGUAACAAAACCACCGAGCUGUGUGUUGCUUCGCAGCCGGACUCACAGUCGAACUUGUCGGACUUGAGCGCUCCGGAUGGUGGGAGGAGAAACUUUUCUUGGGGAGCUGAACUGGAUUCGAGCGCACCAGACCAGGUUGGGUGCUGACUAUAGCGGACUUUAGGACAGGAGUGCUUUUUCCUCUGCUCCUCCCCCCUCUUUUCUCCAACUGUGCCAGCCUUUAACCCACGGAGCACUUUGCCCAGCGCCGGCUGUGAGGCGGUGACGCGGCGGACCAUGGACAACAGGCCUGUCCGGAGAAGGCGAGCCGGUGCGGUGCGACAUCUGCUGCUGGCAGCCGCCUUCCUCGCCUGCAGCUCCCAACUGCUGCUGGUGGAUGCCAACUCAUGGUGGUCACUAGCUCUGACCCCGAUCCAGCGGCCAGAAAUGUACAUCAUCGGAGCUCAGCCUCUCUGCAGUCAGCUGUCUGGUCUCUCUCAGGGCCAGAGGAAGCUGUGCCAGCUGUACCAGGACCACAUGGUCUACAUCGGAGACGGAGCCAAGACUGGCAUCAAGGAGUGCCAGUACCAGUUCAGGCAGAGGAGGUGGAACUGCAGCACUGUGGACAACACGUCUGUGUUUGGACGGGUCAUGCAGAUCGGCUCCAGGGAAACGGCCUUCACUUACUCCAUCAGCGCAGCCGGCGUGGUCAACGCCAUCAGCCGGGCGUGCCGCGAGGGAGAGCUCUCCACCUGCGGCUGCAGCCGCGCAGCUCGACCCCGCGACCUGCCGCGCGACUGGCUGUGGGGCGGCUGCGGCGACAACGUGCACUACGGCUACCGAUUCGCCCGGGAGUUCGUGGACGCCAGGGAGAGGGAGAAGAAUUACCCACGCGGUUCCACGGAGCACGCCCGAACACUGAUGAACCUGCAGAACAACGAAGCAGGCAGACAGGCGGUCUAUAACCUUGCAAAUGUGGCCUGUAAGUGUCACGGCGUCUCAGGCUCCUGCAGUCUGAAGACCUGUUGGCUGCAGCUGGCCGACUUCAGGCGUGUUGGAGAGUACCUGAAGGAGAAAUAUGACAGUGCGGCUGCCAUGCGCAUUGGACGCAAGGGCAAGCUGGAGCUGGUAGACAAGCGCUUCAACACCCCGACCCCAGAGGACCUGGUCUACAUCGACCCCAGCCCCGACUACUGCCUUCGCAACGAAACCACAGGCUCUCUGGGCACGCAGGGCCGCCUCUGCAACAAAACCUCAGAGGGCAUGGACGGCUGUGAGCUCAUGUGCUGCGGCCGAGGGUACGACCAGUUCAAGACCUACAAGCACGAGCGCUGCCACUGCAAGUUCCACUGGUGCUGCUACGUCAAGUGCAAACGCUGCACGACGCUCGUCGACCAGUUUGUUUGCAAAUAGCACUGGAAGGGGAUGAGGAGGGAGGAGAGGGAGAGCCGAUGAAGAGGAGUGACGGAUGGAAGAGAGCAGGGUGGAUUUUCAGGGUUGUGUUCAGGAUAAGUUAGCAAACACAAUUUCAACGUUCUGUUUCCUUCUCUCCUCCAUUUCUAAACCUCCUGCCGUUUCUCAUUAAGAGCAAAAGCUGCAUAACAGCUGCAUGGCCAUAUUUUUUUAGAAGAAUAGAAGAAGACGAGAUGGAUGGGAGGAUAGGAAGCGAGGAGGAAUAUGAUUUCUUCCUUGCUUUUUGGACGAGACAUUUUUCAGCAGAGGUUCCUGUCACUUUCUGCUGUCCUGUGUUGUAUCCUGAUCACAACCCUGAAGGAAGGAGGGACGGGAAGACGGAAGGACGAAAAAUGGAUGAACAAAGAAGGACAUCAAGGAUAACGGACCCAGAAAGUGGAUCGACUGGAUCCUGGAAAGGUGGACACAUGCAAUAAGUGUGAUAACAAAGAAAUGAGAGAAGAAAUAAAUAUAUAAUUAAAUAAUAAGUAAACAUACAACUCUGAUUGUUAUUUAAAGAGGCUCGAACAAACCUAAGGCACAGUUUGGACCCAUAAAACUCAGCCCUUUUGGAGUUUGAAGCCAUUUGAUUGUUGUCAACGUGUAUCUUUCAAAGAACCUUUGACCUUUAACCAUGCAAGAGUAAUUGUAGCAUACGUGAGUUGUGCUGACGUCGCUAAAACACACUUGCAGUUGCGUGCACCAGAAAUGCAGAAAAGUCCAGACUGACAGGCGGAUGAGGAGAGGGAUCACUUAUCGGGGGCGCAAAGCAGAAAGGGAAUAGAGACAAAGGGGGGAGAAGCUCAAUUAUGUGAUUGUUUUUCAAGAAUAUUCAGGAGCCACGCAGCUGAUUGGGAAACUCAAGCUGUGAGUGUGGAUUUCCGCUAGAAAAUGCAUGAAAAGUGCAGUAAAAACACUUAAUCUUCAAGUCAAAAAAGGACUAACGACUUACAGGACACACUCUGUCCAUUUGUCUCCCUGUAACUACUGCUGUUAGAGCAGAUUUCCAGCACCUGUGAGCUGACAAGUGUGUCCGUGCAGGUUAAUGAGGCUCGCCGGCCGCCGCCAUCUUGACGACCGCCGCCGUUUAAAGGAGCAGCUCCGGCUCCGUGACCUUCAUCUGACAGUGAAGUGAGCAGAACCUCCAUUAGUGAGAUUAAUGUGCUGUAUCCGCCUUAAUGAACCCGCACUAAGAGACACGUUCACUGCGAGUGCGCCUCUUCAUCUCAUGUCCUUAUGCAACUUGUUAAGUCAACAAAAAGCCCUGUGGUGUCUGUUUGGCGCUUGUGCCACCAGUUUAACGUUUUAUGAUAGUUAACCAUGAGUUUUUGCAAUUUGGAUGGGUUGGGUUGAGAUUCUUGUAAGAGUUUGGUGUGAUCCGAUCGAAGGUGGAGAGGACAAAGUGGACGGAAGAGGACUGAAUGUGUUGAAAAACAGAGAGGACUGCAAUUUAUUAUGUGCUACUUUAAAACAGAGUAGUAGAUCAGAAAAGAAGGUAUAUUUUAUUAUUGUUUUUCAUCCUGUUUUCUAUGUUUUAUACAUGAGCAUUAUUGUGUAUCCUUUUGAUAAACUAGUCUUCGACAAUGA